GUCUCCUGUAACAGGACCGUGGAAGUGAUCGCGCCGCACAGUCGCCAGUGCGCAUCUCAGGACUCAGCAACUUUCCUCUGACCACACCAAAACACUCUCGGAGUCACGCAGGGGGACACUUUACCAACAUGGGUUGCUUCGAGUGCUGCAUCAAAUGUCUCGGCGGCGUGCCGUACGCCUCGCUGGUGGCCACCAUCUUGUGCUUCUGCGGCGUGGCCCUCUUCUGCGGCUGUGGUCACGUGGCGCUCACGGGCACCGUCUCCAUCCUGGAGAGUCACUUCUCCAAAGUGGCCAGCGAUCACGCCAUGCUGACCGACGUAAUCCAGCUGAUGCAAUAUGUCAUCUACGGCAUCGCCUCCUUCUUCUUCCUGUACGGCAUCAUCCUGCUGGCCGAGGGCUUCUACACCACCAGCGCUGUCAAGGAGCUGCACAGCGAGUUCAAGACCACCAUCUGUGGACGCUGCAUCAGUGGAAUGUUUGUGUUCCUCACCUACAUUCUGGGUGUGGCCUGGCUGGGCGUGUUCGGCUUCUCCGCCGUGCCCGUCUUCCUCUUCUACAACAUGUGGUCCACCUGCGCCACCAUGAAGUUGCCCACCGCCAACCUCACUGACAUCGACUCCAUCUGCGUGGACGUGCGUCAGUACGGAAUCAUCCCGUGGAACGCCACGCCAGGAAAGGCCUGCGGAUCGACGCUCGGCGACAUCUGCAAUACCAGCGAGUUCUACCUGUCUUAUCACUUGUACAUCGUAGCCUGCGCUGGAGCCGGAGCCACAGUCAUCGCUCUGAUCCACUUCCUCAUGAUUCUCUCAGCAAACUGGGCCUACCUUAAGGACGCCAGUCAAAUGCAUGCCUACCAAGACAUCAAAAUGAAAGAGGAGCAAGAGCUGCAGGACAUCACGUCACACUCCAAGGAAUGCCUUAAUUCCUACACAUAAAGGCGUGAUGAGACAGACACACACACACACACACACAGUAAACACGCAAAGGGCACACAAGGUUGCGCUCCAAUAACCACCUGUGCCGUACUAACAGACUAACGCCACACGCCGCUUCUGCUUUAACUCACCUUGCAGUAUUUCGGGAUUCUUUCACAAAUUUUCUAUUGUCAUUUUCUUUUUUUUUGUACAACAAUCCAUCAAAUGAAACUGUGCUGUGAAUUGACAAGUAAAAGAAAUCAUGACAGUUAAAUAUGUGCUCUUGUAUGCAAACAAAUCAACGUCAUGGCCUACAUGAACUCUACCUCAGGGGUCUGCUGCAGCCCGAUGAUCAUGGAAGCGUCGAGAACGUUCGACUAUACAACAUUAGGUACACCCGCAUACCAUAGGUUACUAUUGUACAGUGGGCAUACACUAAUACUGUACAUGACCAUCUAAAUGUCCUUUUUAGGGCAUGACUGUAACGUGCUGGCUAGAAAAUGGGCUGCAGCAAAUGAAAAAUUCAUGAUAUAGAAAAUAAUUCGAUCUCCCUAGGCUACUAUCACACCUGAAGUGUGCUUUGAAGAUAUGUCUUUUUUUUUAAAGGGUUUUCAUAUUUUUUUCUAUAGUUGCAUCUAUUUUUGAUGUGUUAACUGUGGUGUAAUCUCAUAUUCAUCUUCCUAGUUCUGUUAACUUGGUGUGCGUUUGUUGCAUGAGUACAAACUGUUUAUGCAGUAAUAUUUGCUACAAUACAGUCAUGUAUGCUCACUUUAAUAGUAGCCACUGUGUCUAUUUUUAAAUACAACUGCCAGCUCAGUAGACAUCCAAUAGUAUAUCCAUCUUGUUAGUACACAUGUAUUUUCUGUGGGUGUUAAGUACUCCUGCACUAACGUAUCAGCUGGCAUUAAUUGUCAAAGUUUAAGCAGAAAAUCGACUUUGAAUCAACCAAAAACAUCAAAUAAAACUACCUACCAAUCAAUCAUGAGAACAAACAAAACAUCCUGUUGAACUGGAGAGAAAAAAAAUCUCCUCUUUGGUUUUACACAACUUUCUAUGAAAAAUAAAGUACUGAAAAACUA